CCGGCCAAUGAGGAUCACUAGUAGCCUCUCCUUCUCAGCAUGAGGGAGAGACUUGCGGAGAUGGAGGUGGAGAUCUUGACGCGGUGGAAGAUGGAAGGCGUCUGAGGCGAGAUGGAUGGAGGAGCUAUAGAGUCGAUUCCAUUUUGCCGCCAUGGUCCAGCUCGAAAAUGAGGGUUUGGAUGUCUUUGAAGGAGGAGGAUAAUUUUUUCUUAUGCAUCGAUAUAGAUAUCAAAGUCAAAUUCGAUAACGGCGGUGAAACCCUAGUUGGCGAUUUCAAUCAAUCUAGCCACAUGAGAGACUCUUGCAGAGAAUUCCACAAGGAGGGAUUCGGAAUUUGGAAUUUUCUUCAUUGGUGUUUGGUUUGGGAGAGGGAGAGAAGGACACAUUCCAUCUUCCACCGCUCCUCCGUCCAUCUCGCCCCGGACGCCUUCCAUCUUUUAUCACUUUCGGAUCUCCACCUCCGUCCUCCUGCUCUCCCGCAACUGAAGGGUGCUCGGCAGCAGGAUCGUGUCGUCCUCUACUUCACCAGCCUCCGCAUCGUGCGGCAGACGUUCGAGGACUGCUACACCGUCAGAUCGAUCCUCCACGAUUUCCGAGUCUGGAUCGACGAGCGAGAUUUGUCAAUAGACAGGAAAUACCUCAGCAAGGUGAGGAGUUCCUUGGAACCACCGGGACGGUGACACUCCCGUCAGUCCUCAUCGGCGAGAGUUGCAUCGACGGGCUGGACGAGAUUCGAGGGCUCCACGGAAGUGGAGAGUUGAAGAAGAUCGUUGCAGGGUUACUGCCACCGCCGACAUAUUUUUUUAAUAUAUACAACAACUAUUU